AUGCUUGACGCCUGCUUUAUGUGCCGCGUCAAUGGCUGGGAGCUGUACCUUGACACGGUAGUCGCGUACGUGGCUGGGAUAGGAGAUGAGGAAGAGGACUUGGAUGCCGGCGAAAGCAGCCUUCAGCUCGGCUGGCGUCGACUCGGUGACCUUGUUGGGCUGCACCUCCGGAUGCUGGAGAAGAUGGUUGUACGUGCUGCCGCCAAGGCCCCCUGCUGCGGGGAAUAUGCCGAUUGUCUUCAUGGUGCUCGAUAUUCCAGAUUUGCCCUGUUCUUGAGUAAAUAUGAGGAUAUGGAACUGUAG